AUGGCUCCUCGACGCGGUGGUGGCUCGGGUGGCUAUUCGUCCGGGUCUAGCAGCCAAUGUUCGGACUAUGGUGCCUUUGCAGCAACUAUAAGCCGUAUCUAUAUUGCCUUCCAUGCCCUGUUCUUCCUCGUGUUUAUUGCGGCGUUCUUCGUUACCGUUGCGAAGCAUAAGCGCACUAAGAGAAUCGCCAAAUUACCGUUACUGUGGCUAUCUCUAUUCUUUUCGAUUGUUUUCGCUAUUCUCGCGACCGCCCUCAAUAUUAUCUUCAACACGCUAUCGGAAUGCGGUAUCCUGAUAAGAUAUGAGCUAUAUCGUGCCAACAUCGCCAUCGAGUGGCUCGAGACCCUGGCCACUUUUCUAGUCAUCGUGGCAAUCAUGUUCCCCAUCUCUCAGAGGCUUCACCAGGGCAACAAAGGCAUGGGUGGUUUGGUUCUCAUGGUGCACUCGGCUACACUGGGCCUGUUUGCCAUCCUUAUGAUUGUCUCGCUCAGUAUUAGCACAAGGGUUAUGGAUGCGGCGUCUUCUUCCAGAAUCCGAUACGGCUUGUCCUCUAAUAUUUCGAAGUUGGCUGCGCAUCAGCGCAGAAUCUGGGUCGCUUACUAUGCGAUCGGUGUGAUCUGCAUGCUUGUGUCCGCUGGGACAAUGCUGUUUGCGUUGGUUCGGAACCCGAUUUAUCGGAGAGGCUCACUGCGCAUUAAAAUUAUAUUUCUCAUCUUAUCUUCUCUUGCCAUGACACUGCUCAGCCUGGCGGCAUACGUUCACAACGCGUAUGGCACUUAUUCCUCCUACGGGUCGAUCGGAUAUCUCCAACGAUCGUACGAGGCGCAGCUUUUCUUGAAAUACUUUUUCUACACCUGCGCGUUUCUCAGUGCCUUGAUGGUGGGCAGCGCAGCAGAUCUGUGUGGUAACUAUCCGCCGCGGUAUGACCGGCCACCACCAGCUCAGCCAAUAUAUCAGGCGCGUGUGAACUAG